AUGGCACCUGGAUUGCCAGAACUGGCCAGAAAAUAUGGCAUAACCAAUCCAACAGUCACAGCAUUGACUCUCAGCAUCUUCCUUCUCUCAUUUGCCAUCAGUCCUUUAGUUGCCACACCCUUAUCUGAAGUAUAUGGUCAUGUAAUUGUCAGCCUAAAUCAGUUCAAGGUACUCCACUUAGCAAACCUCUUCUUCCUCGGGUCUAAUCUCGGCUGUGCCUUUUCACCCAAUACUACAUCUUUCCUUGUCUUUCGGUUCCUGGCUGGUUUGGCCACAAGUGCUCCUGUAGCAUGUGGAGGAGGUGUCAUUAGUGACCUCUUCUCCAAAUGCGAUCGUGCUGCAGUUGGCCCUGUCAUGGGAGGUUUCAUAGCAGAGUCAAUCAGCAUACAAUAUGAUUUCUAUGUCAUCACCGCGAUCUGUGGCAUCACCGCAGUGCUUGGCAUCCCUUUCAUGAGAGAAUCUUAUGCACCAGUCAUUAGACUUCAUCAUGAAAAAAUGGCUACAGAUCUUGAAAAGGCACCCGCAGGAUAUCCCACCCUCACCACACAUCACAUGGGCAAAUGGGCUUACUUAUGGAUCAACCUCAAGACUUAUGGUAUAUACUACCUGAUGUUUGCUACAUUCCCCAACCUCUUCUCGGAAGUAUACCACUUCAAUAUCGGAAUCUCAGGUCUGACAUCCAUUAGACUUGGCUUUGGAUUCAUAUUCGUCACCAUCUUCAGCAUUAAACUUUCCAGCAAGAUAUACAUAUAUCUUGCUACACAAAACGGAGGAAAGGGUAAGCCAGAGAUGCACAUUGCCACCCUGAUAUUCGGCUCAUUUUUCGUCCCAGUAGGACUGUUUUGGUACAGCUGGUCUGCCCAAGCCAAGGCCCAUUUUAUAAUGCCCAUCAUCGGUACCACUAUCUUUGGAUUUGGAAUAAUGACAGUAUUCCUCCCUGUUCAACUAUACCUUGUAGAUACAUUCACUUAUGCUGCAAGCGCAAGCACAGCUGCUUCUAUGUUCCGUUCACUGCUUGGAUUCGCAUUCCCUCUCUUUGGACAACAGAUGUUUGCUGCACUCGGUUAUGGGGGAGGCAACUCCCUUCUCACAGGUCUUGCCAUCAUCAUUGGCAUACCCUUCCCCAUCUGGAUAUAUUAUGCUGGCAAAUUAUGGGAAGAUUGGACACAAGAAAACUACUCAGUCCAAGGAGUGGUCUAA